CCAGGAGCAAGCAGAGUCAAGAAAAACACGUACGUAUCGCAUCCCCUUCUCUCUUUCUCUCUCUCUCUCUCCAAGUGGUAUGUUCCGUCGCUAACCCCAUCCCAUACAUUACGUACAGUAUAUCUGUGUAUAUAUACACAUACAUACAUCUUCCUAGAAACCCUAUCAACCCAAUUUUCAACCCAAUUUCUCAAAUUUUGCUUCUCAAAUCCUCACUCACACCCCCAAUUUCACGUGCGUAUAUGUGUCUUGUUUAGAUUACAUAACAAAUUGGUUUCGAUUCGGUUAGGGUUUGAGGCAAAUCGAUUCGAAUUCAGUGAUGUUUAGGGUUUCAGAGCUUCGUUGAGGAAGAUAAUGGUCGAUUCAGCUGGAAUUUGUGUGUAUUGUAUGGGCGAAGAAUGCCGGAGCUGCGCAAAGGGGUACGACGCGGCCGUGAUCCGGUAGACCAGCGGCGUCGGAAUCCGGCGAAGAAAUCGGAGCAUUUGGUUGGGAAUUACAUCAAGACCAGGGCGGCGGUAGCGAAAGAAGCGGCCGAGGCAAAGGCGGCCGCCGCCGAGGAAGCGGGGGAGCGGAAGCGGCGAGGGGCUAGGUUAGUUGGGGCGGCGAAGAAGCGGAAGGAGGAACAAGUGGUUGUGAUUUCGGAGGAUAAGAAGGUUGAAGAGGGAGAGAAAGAAGGUGGGUCUUUGCCUGCGAGUGGAGGUGAAGGUGCUGAGGCUGCGAUUGGGAAGAAGAGAGAUACCAUGGGGGAUGAGAGUGGUGGUUUGAGUGCUAAUAAGGUGACUGGGCAGGAAGAAGAGGGUAACACUGCCCCUUUCCCUGAGAAGGUUCAAGUAGGAGGAUCGCCGCUAUAUAAGAUUGACAGGAAGUUGGGUAAAGGUGGGUUUGGUCAGGUAUUUGUGGGUCGCCGCGUUUCGGGUGGAAAUGACCGCACUACCGGUCCUGGGGCUGUGGAGGUAGCUCUGAAAUUUGAGCAUAGAAAUAGCAAAGGCUGUAACUAUGGUCCUCCAUAUGAGUGGCAAGUGUACAACACACUUGGAGGAAGUCAUGGAGUACCUAGAGUACACUACAAAGGAAAGCAAGGAGACUAUUAUGUAAUGGUUAUGGACAUGCUAGGGCCUAGCUUAUGGGAUGUAUGGAAUUCCUCAGGGCAGUCGAUGUCCUCUGAAAUGGUGGCAUGCAUCGCUGUCGAGUCUUUGUCAAUCCUAGAGAAGAUGCACUCGAGAGGUUAUGUGCAUGGAGAUGUAAAGCCAGAGAACUUUUUACUUGGUCAGCCCUCUACAUCACAAGAAAAGAAGUUGUUUCUCGUGGACUUGGGGUUAGCAACAAAGUGGAGAGACAGUUCUAAUGGGCAGCAUGUUGACUAUGAUCAACGUCCUGAUAUGUUCAGAGGAACUGUCCGAUAUGCCAGUGUUCAUGCUCACUUGGGAAGAACUGCCAGUAGAAGAGAUGAUCUAGAAUCUCUUGCAUAUACACUCAUUUUUCUUCUCCGAGGCAGGCUUCCGUGGCAAGGGUAUCAGGGUGAUAACAAGUCAUUCCUAGUUUGCAAGAAAAAGAUGGCAACAUCUCCUGAAAUUCUGUGCUGCUUCUGCCCUGCACCACUUAAACAAUUUCUCGAGAUUGUGGUGAACAUGAAAUUUGAUGAAGAGCCUAACUAUUCAAAGCUAAUCUCUCUGUUUGAGGGACUGAUUGGUCCCAAUCCUGCUAUACGGCCAAUAAACACAGAUGGUGCUCAAAAGAUUAUAUAUCAAGUUGGUCAAAAACGAGGUAGACUGAAUGCUGAGGAGGAGGAUGAUGGGCUGCCUAAGAAGAAGGUUCGUUUGGGUGUCCCUGCCACACAGUGGAUUUCAAUUUACAAUGCCAGGCAACCUAUGAAACAGAGGUAUCAUUAUAACGUGGCAGAUGGCAGACUGGCUCAACAUGUGGAGAGAGGAAAUGCAGACGGUCUACUCAUCAGUUGUGUGGCAUCUUGUUCCAACUUAUGGGCACUUAUUAUGGAUGCUGGAACUGGCUUCACUAGCCAAAUAUAUGAGCUAUCGCCUUUCUUCUUACACAAGGAAUGGAUCAUGGAACAGUGGGAGAAGAAUUAUUACAUCAGUUCUAUUGCUGGUUCUAACAAUGGAAGCUCUCUAGUGGUCAUGUCCAAAGGCACCCAAUACUCUCAACAAUCUUAUAAAGUAAGCGACUCCUUUCCCUUCAAGUGGAUCAAUAAGAAGUGGAGAGAAGGGUUUCAUGUGACCUCCAUGGCAACAGCUGGUAGCCGAUGGGCUGUUGUCAUGUCUCGCAAUGCUGGCUUUAGUGAUCAGGUUGUUGAGCUUGAUUUUCUUUAUCCGAGUGAGGGAAUUCACAGACGCUGGGAUGGUGGUUAUCGUAUUACAUCAACAGCUGCUACUUGGGAUCAAGCUGCUCUUAUCUUGAGUGUACCAAGACGCAAACCUGGUGAUGAAACUCAGGAGACUCUGCGGACAUCUCAGUUUCCAAGUACACAUGUAAAGGAAAAGUGGGCAAAGAAUCUCUAUCUGGCAUGUGUGUGCUACGGACGAACUGUGUCUUGAUUUGUAUUUUACAUUCAAGGGAGAUUUGGGCUUGUUGAAGUAAACAAACCAACCGGGAGCCAAUUUCAGAGUUUCGUCUUUUAUUCGCUUUUUUCUCCCCCACACCCCCGUGACCAAAUGGUAACUGUAAAAGAAGUUGAUAGGAGCUUGAUCUGCAUCAGCUGAAACAUUGUGCCAUUGUAUACCUAUAUUUAUAUAUGCUGGAGCUGUACUCUAUGGCUUUUCUUCACAGCUAAACAAUUCCAGCAAUGAUUGAACUCCUUACCUUUUGUUUUUUGAAGUUUAAGGUGCCCAUGUACAGAACUUUGAAAAGAUCAUGGACAGCUCUCUAUCCAUUGUUGGUUUUUUU